AUGUCUUACGACCGCUACAUUGCCAUCUGCAAACCCCUGCACUACGGGACCCUCCUGGGCAGCAGAGCUUGUGUCCACAUGGCAGCAGCUGCCUGGGCCACUGGGUUUCUCAGUGCUCUGCUGCACACGGCCAAUACAUUUUCACUGCCCCUGUGCAAGGGCAAUGCCCUGGGCCAGUUCUUCUGUGAAAUCCCCCAGAUCCUCAAGCUCUCCUGCUCACACUCCUACCUCAGGGAGAUUCGCCUUAUUGUGAUAAGUUUCUCGGUAGUAUUUGGGUGUUUUGUGUUCAUUGUGGUGUCCUAUGUGCAGAUCUUCAGGGCCGUGCUGAGGAUCCCCUCUGAGCAGGGACGGCACAAAGCCUUUUCCACCUGCCUCCCUCACCUGGCCGUGGUCUCCCUGUUCCUCAGCACUGCCAUGUUUGCCUACCUGAAGCCCCCCUCCAUAUCCUCCCCAUCCCUGGAUCUGGUGGUGUCUGUUCUGUACUCAGUGGUGCCUCCAGCAGUGAACCCCCUCAUCUACAGCAUGAGGAACCAGGAGCUCAAGGAUGCUCUGUGGAAACUCGUAUCUUAG